CAACCGAAAAUAAGAGAGAGAGAGAGAGAGGAGUUUUUCAGAGGAAGAGGAAAGAGAAUCGAAAUUGGAUGAGAUUUGGGGGCAGGGAGAGGAAGCACAGUAGUACGCAGUUACGCACACACAAAACACCUCUCCUCUCGAAGUCUCGUUUAUCGGGCCGUCUGUUCACGGAUAUCGAAGCUUUUUUUUCUUGCUUUUCUCUCCCAUAUAUAUAUAUAUAUUUUUUUUUUAUUUUGGGGUUUUUUUAAAUAUUCUAUUUUAUUUUUUUAGUCUUCUUUGAUUCUUGGAGAGAAGAGAGAGAAAGAACGUUGCAGUCUUGCAGAGCUGAAAUCCCCAUGGAUGAAUGGAUAUUUUGGGUUUGACGGAUAUUUCAUGAAACCCAGGACAUAGCAUAUGGUAACAAAAGCUGACUCUUUUAAGGUAAGCUUUCAUGGGUUGAACUCAAAGAAUGAUGGGGAGUUGCAGCGAAGAGGAAGAGGAUCGUUUUUUUGAUUCCCGGGAGGAUUUAACGCCCUUAUCUGAUUCCGGCUCGGAUUGCCCGGAAAAUAUUGACUCGAAUUCCGGGCUGCUUGGUUGGGCAUCGGGUGGCUUUCUAUACGAGGUUUGGAUUAAGAACCCAUUGAGCAUUCAUGAGCGCCGUGAUAAGUUCCUAAAAUGGAUGGGUUUAAGUUUAGAUCGGACUGUGAGGGAUGAUUCUAAACAUCCCCUUACUGACGAAAUUGAAGUCGAAUUGGAUAGAAUUACCGAAAAUAGCGGGGCCGUCCUGAGACACUCUGAUUCCGAAGAUGGGUUUUCUUCAAGUCGGUCUUCCAUUUCUUGUUGGUCCAAUGAUGCUCCAGAUUUGCCAGAAGAUGUGGUCUUGGAGGAGAAUUUUGUUUGUAGGAUAAAGAACUUGGAUGAUGGUACGGAGUUUAUUGUUGAUGAAUUAGGCCAGGAUGGUAUGUUGAGCAGGCUUCGUGAAGUGGGUUCAAAUCGAUUAGUUACUGUAGAAGAAUUUCAGAGGGCUUUUUGGUUUUCCCCUUUGGUUCAUCACUUCAUGCGCAGAGAAGUUGCAGAACCUAGCAAGCCGGUGGGAAUAAAAAAGAGAGUGAAGAAAGGAUGGCUAAGGAGAUUAAGUUCAAUUGCUUGCAUUGUGGACACACAAGGGAGAGGUGGUGAUUUGGAUCCCUGUGAUCCUGAUCCAUCUAUCAAGACAAAGGUUCAGAGAGUUAGGGCUCGUUCUUACAGAAAGCGAUCCAAGGAAUUAUCUGCUCUUUAUAUGGGACAAGAGAUCCUGGCCCACGAAGGUUCAAUCUUGACCAUGAAAUUCAGUUUUGAUGGGCAGUUUCUGGCGACAGCUGGUGAAGACAGCAUUGUGCGUGUUUGGCAGGUAAUGGAGUGUGAGAGAUCAAAUGUGGACGACAUUGUGGACAUUGAUCCUGCGUGUAUAUACUUCACUGUAAAUCAUUCUUCUGAACUAACGCCCCUUGUAUUGGACAAAGAAAAAAUAGCUAAACUUAAGAGUCUGAGGAGAACAUCAGAAUCAGCUUGUGUCAUUUUACCUCCAAAAGUAUUCCGGAUAUCAGAAAAACCUUUGCACGAGUUCCAUGGACACAAUGGUGAGGUCUUGGAUUUGUCAUGGUCAAAGGAUAAGCUUCUGCUGUCAUCAUCUGUUGAUAAAACUGUUCGCCUGUGGCAAGUAGGAUGUGACCAAUGCCUCAAGGUUUUCUCCCAUAAUGAUUAUGUGACAUGUGUUCAGUUCAACCCCAUGAAUGAUAAUUACUUCAUUAGUGGCUCAAUAGAUGGAAAAGUCCGCAUUUGGGGAAUUCCUGAUUGUCAAGUUGUUGAUUGGACUGAUAUAAGAGAAAUAGUCACUGCUGUAUGCUAUCGUCCUGAUGGACAGGGAGGAAUUGUUGGCUCAAUGACUGGCAAUUGUCGUUUUUAUGAUGCAUCAGAUAAUCAUUUGCAACUAGUCAAACAAAUAUGUUUACAGGGUAAAAAGAAGUCUCCUGGCAAGAGGAUAACUGGCUUUCAGUUUUCCCCUAGUGAUCCAAGCAAAUUAAUGGUCACUUCUGCUGAUUCACAAGUCCGAAUUCUUGAUGGCUUUGAUGUGAUCUGCAAAUAUAGAGGCCUUCGGAAUGCCGGAAGCCAGAUAUCUGCUUCUUUUGCAUCAGAUGGAAAACAUAUUAUAUCAGCAAGUGAGGAUUCUAAUGUUUAUAUCUGGAACUGCAAUAGUCAGGAUGGACCUGCACCCUCCCAAGUAAAGAGCAUUUGGUCAUGUGAGCGUUUCUUCUCGAGCAAUGUGUCAGUUGCAAUACCUUGGUGUGGCAUGAAAUCUAGUAACUUUGUUUUGUCUACUGCAUUGGGAGCUCAAUCAACCCUUAAAACACCAGAAAACAUAGCAGGAAGUAGCCAAGCAAAUGGAGGCUGGCAGCAUUGCCUCUUGGAUGAGAACUCACAUAAUGUAUUGCCUUCAUCUUCUCCUGACCGUUUUUCUCUUAGUCAUGGGUUCUUUUCAGAGGCUUUGCCCAAGGGCUGUGCAACAUGGCCAGAAGAAAAGCUUCCCAUGUCAGGAUCUCUAGCUGUGUCAUCCACAAUGUGUAAAUCCCUAUAUAAAUUUCUAAAGGCCUCUUGCCAUGGUGCACUCAAUUCACCUCAUGCAUGGGGUCUGGUGGUUGUAACCGCAGGAUGGGAUGGACGGAUCAGAUCAUUUCAUAAUUAUGGAUUGCCAGUUCGUCUUUGACAUUCAAGGUUCAGUAUGGUGUUUAGAGAUGAUCAUUGCGCAUUAGAACAUGCAUGGUGUCCCCAUGGUUGAAGUGCAUGCAGUCAGCUUCUCAUUUGCCUGGCCGAAGUAUGUGAAAGCACAGUUCAGUUUUCUGCUUGUUAAAUUUCAACAUGCGGCUUAUGGCAUAUGAUGCUAGUUUGGUGGACUCAGGGGCUGGAUUUCAGCAGCAUCCGGAGCUGCAGCUGGGUACCAAUAUGGAAAAUUAUAUAGGAAUGUGCAGUGUAGAUGAAAUUUGAGAAUUGGUUCUCUGAUGGACCACUUGGUGGGAUAUGGAGUUGUAUCUUAAAUUAGAUCACGAAAGGUGGCGACAUACCCAUGGUUCUAUAAUCUGGCCUGGCAUCAACAAGUGGCAGGCGUUUGUUUAUCUGGAUAUUGGAUAUCCAGCUUAAUUAUACCAUUCAUUUAUUUUUUCUCUUCGAGUUGAUGGCUGCCUGCAUACAGAGAAUCUGGGGUCGUGUGAGGGUCAGUUGAGAUACAUAUAAUUAAGUUGCCCAUGGCCUGUGGGGUCUUCAGCGCGAGUGGAGACUGGAGAGGGGUGAGAUGUUGGGUUAAGUUUUAUCCAUUGAAAAUAUGGUGGGGACCUCACCUUUCAAAAUAUGUUGGCUGGUCUGAAUGAUUCACUUAUUUGUUUCCAAAGUGUGCAAUGACCCUGUUGAAUCAGCUUCAUGGUGGGUGGGUCAUUUUCAAGUGAUGGACUUUCCUCUAUGGAGCCCCGCAUUUGGUACAGAUGUGGACAAAACUGUGCAACUUCUCGUUGAUCGCAUUGUAUCUGGAAGACGAUUAAAUCAAUCACCAGGUUCCUCCUAUCUGUACUGCAGGUAGUCCUUCCUCGUUUUAUCUCACUAAUCAAAUUGAAAUGCAUAAUGAUUAUAUCGUUAUCUUUUUUUCUUGGAAAAUCUUGAAUACUAGUGAUCGUUACUUGAUGUCAUAGAUUUUAGUAUAUGUAUAUUUGUAAUUCACAUUCAGAAGGGGAUUGUUGUCAGUUCUCUCAUGAUGAUGUGCCAUGCCUUUUGCUUUUUUGUUAAGCUCUCCUCAACAAGAGGAAAAAUAAACAAAUUAAUGAAGCAUAUCACAAGCUGGUGGUUAGUUCAUAUUUAACA